AUGACCGACGCGGUGGUGGGCAGCGGCUCCGACCGCUGGAUGUGCCCCGGCGACAGGACCAUGUCCCUCCGAGCCGGCGGCGAGAAGGAGCAGCUCCCCGCAGGCUGGGCAGCGCGGGGCGGGCAGCCCGAGCGGCCGCGGAAAGGCGAGGAGCUGACGGAUGAGGAGAAGGAGAUCAUCAACCGAGUCAUCGCCCGUGCCGAGAAGAUGGAGGAGAUGGAGCAGGAGCGCAUCGGGCGCCUGAUGACCCGCCUGGAGGACAUGCGCCGCAGCGUGCUGGGGGACGGCGUGAACCGCUGCAUCCUCUGCGGGGAGCAGCUGGGGCCGCGCGGCUCCGCCUGCGUCGUCUGCGAGGACUGCAAGAAGAACGUCUGCACCAAGUGCGGCGUGGAGACGACCAACAGCCGCCCGCACCCCAUCUGGCUGUGCAAGAUCUGCAGCGAGCAGCGUGAGGUGUGGAAGCGCUCCGGUGCCUGGUUUUUCAAGGGUUUGCCCAAGCAAGUGCUGCCCCAGCCGAUGCCCGUCAGCAAGAGCAAGGUGCCCUCGGCCCCCAGCGAGCCCAGCCCGGCAGAGCCCCCCGGCCCUGACCCCAAGCUCCCCGCCCGUGCGCCCAGCCGAGGCCAGGAGGACGAGCAGGACCGCUGCGGCAGCGAGGCAACGGUGGCCGCCCGGGUCCGCAAGCCGGCCGAGGCCAGGACAGGGCCGUGCGGCAGCGAGGACGCCGACGGCCGUGACUAUGCCACCGAGAGCGGGGCCACCAGGAGCCCUGGCGUGAAGCGAGCUGACUCCCUGCAAGCCCCACGGCCGCCCCCGCCGCCCGCUGCCGCCCCCGGCCCUGCAGCACCCACAGCGGGAAGGCCGGGUCCUGGGGCAGCCGGACGGAUCCUGGAGGCACAAGCGAGCCCACUGCUGGGACCCCCAGAGCCAGCCCGUGCAGCCCCCAGGGAGGAGCGUGGCGGGGGCUAUGCCGUGCCCCCAGCCCGGGAGGAGAGGCCAGCCCGGCCCCCCACCGCCCCGCAGCCCCCCGCCCCGCUGCGGCAGCCGCCCCCGGAGGAGGAGGAGGAGGAUGCCAACAGCUACGACUCUGAUGAAGGCACCACGCUGGGCGCCCUGGAGUUCAGCCUGCUGUACGACCAGGAGAACAGCGCCCUGCACUGCACGCUCCUCAGGGCCAAGGGCUUAAAACCGAUGGACUCAAAUGGCCUGGCGGAUCCCUAUGUAAAGCUGCACCUCCUGCCCGGAGCCAGCAAGUCAAACAAGCUGAGGACGAAGACCCUGCGCAACACCCGCAACCCAGUGUGGAACGAGACCCUGGUGUACCACGGCAUCACGGACGAGGACAUGCAGCGCAAAACGCUCAGGAUUUCCGUGUGCGACGAGGACAAAUUUGGCCACAACGAGUUUAUUGGAGAAACUCGAGUUUCCUUGAAAAAACUCAAAGCCAACCAGAAAAAGAACUUCAACAUCUGCUUGGAGAGAGUAAUACCAAUGAAGCGUGCUGGGACGACAGGCUCGUCUCGCGGCAUGGCACUGUACGAGGAGGAGGUGGAUCGCGGCGGGGACAUUGAGGAGCGCGGCAAGAUCCUGGUGUCCCUCAUGUACAGCACCCAGCAGGGCGGGCUGAUCGUGGGCAUCGUGCGCUGCGUGCACCUGGCUGCCAUGGACGCCAACGGGUACUCGGACCCCUUCGUUAAGCUUUGGCUGAAACCUGACAUGGGAAAAAAGGCCAAGCAUAAGACCCAGAUAAAAAAGAAAACAUUGAAUCCUGAGUUUAACGAGGAGUUCUUCUACGACAUCAAGCACAGCGACCUGGCCAAGAAGUCGCUGGACAUUUCCGUCUGGGAUUACGACAUCGGCAAAUCCAACGACUACAUCGGCGGAUGUCAGCUCGGCAUUACGGCGAAGGGGGAGCGCUUGAAACACUGGUACGAGUGCCUGAAGAACAAGGACAAGAAGAUCGAGCGCUGGCACACCCUCCAGAACGAGAACCACGUUGCCAGCGAUUAA